AUGGUUUCUUUCUGGCCUUUUGGAAAGGCUGGUGAAGAUGCCGCGUCUUUCGAGAGGACGCUCAAUGCGCUCACAGGCAAGAUCAAUCGCGCAACAGCCACACAGGACCGACAGCGCGCGCUUUCGAGACGCGCUCGUGUCAUGUGGACGCUGUAUGCGGGAUUCGCCUAUAUCCUCGCUGCCGUCCUGCUCACCCUUGUGACGGGCUGGCAGAACUGGGGCAUUACAGAGAGCACCGUGGUAGCGGGAGGACCUGUACUCAUCUACGGCAUCCGCUACGCGCUCACAAGCUACUUUGACUACCGCAUCAGGGGCACCGAUGCUUACCUCAAGAAGCUCAACAAGGAGCGCGAGGCUACCAUCGAACGGUUCAAGGAGGUCACCAAGUUCAACUCGACGCAACAAUUGCUUGAGAAAUAUGGUGCUUCCCCCAAGCAGAAGGAGCAGGUCACGUCGCCCAAGGGCAGCAACAAGUCCCAAGGUCCACAGAAACCAGCGCAACCCCCUGGCCCUCGUACUGGCAUGCCACCACCGCCAACCGCCAACAUCCAGCGCCCUGGAAGCCAGCAACAGCCACCCUCGACCCCGCAGCAUCCGCAGUCCAUUCUCUCAUCACCCCAAGCGUCCCAGCAACUGCCUCCCCAGCAAGACUCCCCAGGCGCCGAAUUCGCUCCCAACGCCUUCGGUGCCGCCGAUCUCUCGAAACAAUUCUCCGCCAUCCCCGCAACAACCUUCACCCAGGUACACUGGUACGACAGGAUUCUCGACGCCCUCCUUGGUGAAGACGAAACACAGCCUAAGAAUCGUUUUGUUCUCAUCUGCUCUGAAUGCCGACUUGUCAACGGCCAAGCACCGCCCGGUGCUCGCACACUUGAAGACGUCGGCCGCUGGCGCUGCGGCGGCUGUCAUGCCUGGAACGGCAAGGAGAAGCCGCAAGAGGAUGUUGCCGAUCUCGUCGAGGGCUGGGAAGCGGAAAGGAAAAUCAAGCAAGACGGGUUAGCAGGCGCCAUGUCCGAUGGCGGCAUCGACUCUGAUAACCGCGAGACGGAGGAUGAUGGCGGGGUCGUGGUGGGUGGAGAGGAGAGUUCAGGUGUAGAUGUUGCGGCGGAGAGUGCGGAAGACACAGCGCCUCCUAGCAAGAGCACGAGGAGUAAAAGUAAAAACAAAGGGAAGAAAUGA